CUUAAUGAAAUUGUAGAAGAUUCCGACCCCGUUUUAGAUGAUCUUCAGCAUUUGUUGCAGACAGCAGAAGCAAUUAGAAAAGAUUAUCCUAAUGAAAAUUGGUUACAUUUGACUGGCCUUAUUCAUAUCAUUUUUUCGUCGGCUGCAGAUCUUGGAAAAGUUCUUCUUACGGAGUUUGGAGAGCUUCCUCAAUGGGCUGUUGUUGGAGACACAUUCCCACUUGGUUGUGCAUUUGAUGAAUCCAUUGUUCACCACAAAUAUUUCAAGGACAAUCCAGAUUCCAAAAACCCUGUUCAUAGCACUAAGAAUGGAAUUUACCAAGAAGGAUGUGGACCAGAAAAUGUUGUGAUGUCUUGGGGCCAUGAUGACUACAUGUACAUGGUAGCUACAGAAAAUGGAACGACGCUGCCUUCAGCUGCAUUAUUUAUCAUCCGAUACCACUCUUUUUACCCUCUACACAAGUCAGGAGCUUGUACAUAUUUGAUGAAUGAGGAAGAUGUAGAGAAUUUGAAGUGGCUUCAUUUAUUCAAUAAAUAUGACCUUUAUAGUAAGAGCAAAGUUCGUGUCGAUGUUGAAAGAGUAAAGCCUUACUACCUUUCCCUCAUUGAAAAGUAUUUCCCAGCCAAACUUAGAUGGUGA